AUGUCGGAACAGCGACAGUCCAGCAUAGACGAGGAGAAAGGCGAUUAUUAUAGAUACGACGAUGCCACGAGCACCAGCUCAACUCCAUUAUUCCACGAGUCCGAUGAUGAGACAUCUAGUAGACGGCGGCAGAGCUCACAAGUCUCGCGGUGGGCGACGAUGCUACACUGGAUCUUUCAUAUGGUCUCUGCAGUCGCGAUUAUCUUUCUCGCAAUCCGAGCAGUGUCGAGAGAGACUACGCUAGAAUGCUGGGAGCGCUUCAAUUCGUACACGCCCAUGAGAGACUUUGUGAGGGAUCACCCAUAUAUCGAUCACGAAAUCAACGGAUCAAAACUUUAUCAGAGCGACUUCGUCGGUGAAGCAUCUGAGAAGACGGAAGCCGCUUGGAGGUCGGCGACCGACUUUGGGCUCCUGACCUUGACAAAGGACGAGGUCGAAACAGUGGGCUACCCAGGAUGGUCCGCCCGAUUCCCGAAGUCUGCGCGACCUGACCAAGGCUACCCCUUCGUCGUGGUCGGCAAUCACCAACUCCACUGCCUCCACUACAUCUGGCAAGACCACCAUCUGGACUACUACACCGGUCGAGCUGCUUUCAAAGAGAGUCAUCCAGAGAUGUACGAGGGUCAUUACGAGCAUUGCAUCGAUUAUCUACGACAACGCUUGAUGUGCCACUACGAUAUGUCAGUCACGCCGUAUCAGUGGGUCAAGGGUCACCAGGCUCCGAUGCCAGGCGCCUUGACGGGUGAGAAGUGUAUAGACUUCGAAGCUAUGAAGAUAUGGAUGAAGGAGAACACCCCGGCGACACCGGAUGACUUCGUCUGGCAGGUACCAGAGGAUGCCGUGGAGUUGGACGACAUGCCAUAG